AUCCUCUCAUUCUUCUCACUGUUCUAGACUCUCAAAUCCACCCUCUGUGAACAACGUCUAUCAGCGAGCUCCUCCAUAAGCGAUUAACUUCCUUCCACGACCCCCCUUUAUCCGCGACACCAAUAUCUCACACAUUCGAACUCCUUUUCUUCGGCGGAGUCUCCCUGCUCAUUCUCUCGAUAUCUCUGGCAAACGCAACUACUAAAGGAAACUUCAAUUUGCUUUCUUUGUCUCCGGCCAAAACGGCCGGUGAAGGAAGUACCUUAUGCAUCUUUUUGUCUCCACGCAUCUCAAUGUCUCAUGGAGCCAUGCCAACAAGCCUCAGCUUCUUAUUUCGUUACAGGUUUCACUUUGUUUGCUAACAACACGUUUCAGCAUAUAAGCCUUUCUUCACUUCUCUUCUCUGCAAGACCCUUCAAACUUUUGCUAAACUCUUCACUUCUCUGCUACACCCUUCAAGCGUUCCAGCCUUUCUUUUCCACCACUUCACCUCUCUCGCGUGACCUUCUCUUCUUCUCCGCUGCACAACGAUUCUCUCUAUCUCUCUCGGUUCCAAAUCAGCCUCUUCUCUCGUGGAUUCUCCGCCAGCCCAUUAAAGAUAUCUUCAUCGUCGUUGUAUGGAAUUGGGCAACAAUAACGUUUAUGGAUUUAUUGAUCCGCAAUUCACUCAUAGUCAAAAUGAGCGUGGUAGUGUUCAGUCCUACAUACAAAAGAAGAUGUGUGAUGAUAAAAAAGAAUGUUACAUUGCUCCUUAUUUAAACAAUCAUCAUUGGCAAUUGCUCAUUAUUAAUCCUACGAAGCUUGAAGUAGUCUUUCUAUGUUCAUUGGGAAAGAAGCCGGAUAAAAAAAUCUGUGACAUAGUUGAAACAGCUUUGGGAGCUUAUAAUAAGUUACAACGUGCGAGAAAGCAAAAGAAAGUAGAAUGGUUCUUUCCCACCAGUCAAAAGCAACAAGCUAGUUAUGAGUGUGGCUAUUACAUCAUGAUUCACAUGUUGAACAUUAUAUCUGCUACUAUUGUUUGUUCAUGGACACAGAUAUUUCGGGAUUCAAAGCCAUUUCAAAAAGAUGAAGUUAAAAAUGUUCAAGAACGCUGUGGAAACAUGAUAUUGGAACAUAUUGAAGUAAGUGCGGACAAUGAUAUGAAUUAGGGUGCAAUUCUGUGUUGGAUGUUGGCUAUAGUCAUUAAGGUUCCUACUUUUGAUUGUAUUUUGAUAAGUACGUUGUUUCACCCAAGUAGUUACUCUUGUUUAUGCUUUUUUUAUAAGACUAGUGUUAUAUCUGUUGAGUUUGCAUUUUAGUGCAAAGCGCAAUGUACCUAUUUUGAUUACAAUGAUGUUUUAAUUUUAUAUGACAAUAUUUUCUUCUA